UCUGAGGAGUGGCUCGGCCGCAGUUAAUCGGUCAAUCGUAUUUAUUGAGCGCUUACUGCGUGCAGAGCACUGUACUGAGCGCUUGCGGAUUAGGGGAUGCUGCGGCGCGUCCCCAGCCUCCCGGAGCUCGGCGAGCUGGACUGCGGCGUCUGCUACCGGCCCUACGACCUGCGGGGCCGCGCGCCGCGCCGCGCCCGCUGCGGGCACGCGCUGUGCACCGCCUGCCUGCGCCAGCUGGCGGCGCGCGAGGGCGGGGCCGCGCGGCUGCUGCGCCUGCGCCGCGCCGUCCCGUGCCCCUUCUGCCGCGCGCCGUCGCCGCUGCCGCGCGGAGGGGCCGCGCGGGCCCCGCUGGACCCGGACCUGUGGUGGCGGCUGGAGGCGAAGGAGCGGGAGCGGCGGCGGCGGGAGGGAGGCGGGGACGACGACGACGACGACGACGAGGACGACGACGAGGCCCGGGCGACCCCUUGGACCGCCCUCCGCCGCGCGCUCCUGCGCCUCUGGGGCAAGGCGGCGGAGCGCGCGCGCCGCCGGCGCCGCCCGUUGCCUAGCAACGUACUGUACAGCCCGGAGGUGAAGGACGUCGCCGUUGUGACCGGCUACGUGACAUGACCGUCGUAGCCCCCGACAGGACGCCUGGUGCUGCCCCAUGGUGAAAGGCGAGGGGGGCCGAGGAGCCCCCUGCUCCCCCCAAUGCAGCCAGCGAAGCAAUGAUGUGAGGGGCGUCAUCGUCACGGAUAUCCCGGGGCAGAGCCGGGGGGGCUUCACCCGCCUCCGCUCCCCGGGCCCCCGUAAGCGGAGACAGACUUCUUGGGCUCGGUUCCCGGCUCCCGGGGGCUCGGCCACCCCCGCCCUAGCAUUUCUGUGAAAUGGCUUGAACUAUAAAAAGUGGGCGGCAGGGGAAGCGCCGUCUAUUUUUAAUGUCGGCUGAUGCCCGUGUCUGCCAGCUGCCGGCUCCGAUCCUGGUGAAUAAACCCGAAGCGCGGGCGAGACGCGAGUGAAAA